CCUUGACCCAGCUCGGCAAGCUCGCCCGAGCAGCACCCCUGAGCACGCCGCGGGGGGCGGCCUUGCAGCCUGUGGCGGCCCUCGCCCACGAGCUGCCGCUGCAGACGGUCCAGGCGGCGGGCUCGGUGAUCAACGAGCUGGCGGAGCGGCUUUUGAAGCGCGACCAGGCAGCGGGGGAGCAGGCCGCGGGGCGCUGGCUGGACGCCCAGGGCCUUGGAGGCGCGGGUGGGCUCCACCGCUGGUCGCAGGGACCCGCGGGCUGGCAGCAGAGCCCGCUGGGGGCCGACGGCGCGCCGAUGGGGCGCAUGGAGGCCGUCGAGGCCCUCUUGGUCGAGUGGCAAGGGCACUUGUGCGUCGGGCAGCCGCGCGAGGAGGUCCAGUGGCCCGUGGACCUCGGCCCGAGACCUGCGCGGCAGUCCGUCGAGGAGCUGCGGAAGGUGCUCCAGAGCUUCAAAGAGCACGCGGGCGUGUCGUACGACAACCAACCUGAACCCGCGGCACCUGCUCGCCCUGGACGACGAGGGGCUGGCUGGAGUGCCUGGCGGACCUCAUCGUCCGCCUGGAGGAGACCACCUCCUGGCCCGCCUUCAUCACCAGGAUGGUGUUCUUGCCCAAGAAGGAGGGCGGCCUGCGGCCCAUGGCCCUCGCGGCGGCUCCGGCACGCAUCCACGCGCGGCUGAGGAGGCCGCUCGCCAAGGCGUGGGAAGAGGCCAACGAUCGGCCGCACUGGUGGGCGACGUCGGGGCGCAGCUGCGCACGCGCCGUCUGGCAGCAGGCGGCUUGGGCGGAAUGGGCGGCAGGACGGCGCGAGGUUUUCCCGCUUGAGGAGUGUGGGGCCGCCUCGGUGUUGCUGGACCUCUGGAAGGCCUACGAGCAGGUGCUGCACCCGCAGCUCCUGGCGGCCGCCCAGCGCUACGACUACCCCCUGUGGCUGCUGAAGCUCUCGGUCGAGCUGCACAGGCUCCGGCGCGCCCUCGCCCUCGCGGGGGCGACCUCGGCGGCGCUGGAGGUCGAGCAGACCAUCCUCGCGGGGUGCGGCUUCGCGACCACGCUGCUGAAGCUUCGGCUGAUCGCGCCCCUGGACGCCACGCGCGGCGCCGAGCAGAGCCUGGAGAUGGCGGUCGUCGUCGACGACCCGGCGCUCUCGCGGCGAGGAGGCUCUCGCGCGGUCCCCGCGGCGCUCAGCAUAGGGGCGCGCGUCCUGCAGCGGGAGCUGGCGCGCGUGGGGCUGCGCAUAGCGGUCAAGAAGUCCCAGGUGCUCGCGUCCUCCCCGGCGCUCCGCACGACCCUGGAGCGCCAGCUGGCCUGCGUGGGCGCCAAGGCCAGACGCCACGCGCGGAACCUCGGCAUCGACUUCAGCUGCGGGGUCGGGCGCCCCCGACGCUUCCAACGGGCGCGUCUCCAGCAGGCACGCGCGCGGGCGCCCAGGCUGCGGCGCGCGCUGGGGACCAACCGGCGGCGCAGGGCCCAGGGGCGCGGCGAAGGUCGCCAAGCGCGGCCUCGAGGCGAGCUGCACCUUCGGCGUGGGUGACGGGCGUCGCCGACCAGAGCCUCGAGGCCCUCCGCACGACGGCCUUCCAGGCCACGGAGCCCCGCACCGGCGGCGAGAGCAAGACGAUGGCGCUCAUGCUCACAGGGGGCAGCGACUUCGACCCGAUGUUCAGGUGCAGCAGCGAGGUGGUCUUCACGCUGCACCGCGCCUGCUGGGAGGGCUGGCUGCCCAUGCACGUGCUGCAGGACUGCUUCGCCGCCGAGGCCGAGCGGGUGCGCACCUGGAGCCAGGCUCGCGGCCCCCUCGGCGCGGCCAUUCUCGCCCUUCGGAGGCUGGGCUGGAGCGUGGACAGCCUUGGCCAGUGGGCGACGCCCGACGGCCUCAGGUACGCGCCGCUCGACUACGACCCCAGGACGACGAAGCGCGUGGUCUGCGAGUCUGUCGCGCGCUGGCAGUCCUCCCACGUGCUGGAGGGUCAAGGGCUCGACCCAGGCGUGCUGCCCAUCCGCCAACUUCGGCGGUGGACGGAGCACGGGCGCGGCUCGGCGGCGGAGGCCAGGAAAUGGCCGCCCCUCACUCGGGAGGGGCGCGGCUAUGUGCGAUCAGUGCCGGUGGACGGGCAGCGGCCCCAGGAGCGGCGGCGCGACGCGGGCCUCGCGGAUCACCCGUUCUGCGCGCGGUGCAGCCGCCCAGACAUCUGCGCCCUGGUGAGCAGGCUCCUGAUGGCCAUGCCGCAGGGCACCUGGAGGCCCAGCUGUGGCGACGUCCUGCACAACGUGCGCUGUGUCAUCGGCGAUGGCAGCUUCUUCGACAGCGGGGAGGUUUUCACGGACGGUUCGGCCUUCGACGCGAAGUCGCAUGGCACGGCCGUCGCCGGCGGCGCGGUGGUGGAGCUGAGCCCUGGUGCGCCGUGGGCCGCUGACGGGCCCCGCUCGGCGCGCAGGGCGAUAGCGGCGGGGCUCCAGGGCCCCGUCCAGGGCAUCGACGGCGGGGAGCUGCUGGCCAUCCUCCUGGCGGUGCUACGCGCCGUGCCCCCGCUCGUGAUCUGGACGGACUCCAGCUUCGUCGCCAAGGGGCUCUACGAGCGGGGCGAGGCGGCGACGCGCGCGGCGGCGAGCGCUUGGGCGCACCUCUGGCGGCGCGUCUGGAUCGCCGUGCACGACUUCGGCGGCCUUGGCCCGCUGGGCGCCACGGUGCGGAAGCUGCCUGCGCACGCCCCAGCGCGCGCCGUCGAGGGCGGCAAGCUCUCCUGGCGCUGCAGGAGGGGCAACUGGGAGGUCGAUCGCGUCGCGAAGGCCUUCGUGGCGGAGCUGCGCGCGCCCCAGGAAGAGCUGGAACGCUGGGCCAGGCACCGCCAGCUGCUUGAUGGUGCGAUCUUCUGGGUGGCGGGCGCGGGCGGCGCGGCAGCCCGCAGCAGGCUCGACAUCGAGCCUGGUGGCAAGCGCGCGGCCAUUCCGAGGAAUACGGCGUUGGCGAUCACGAAGCACCACGCCGCGCAGUUGGCAGAUGGCGCUUUCUUCUGCCUGCGGUGCUGCCGGUCGUGCAGCGCGGAGCAGGUGGGCGGCUUCUGGCGCCCCCCGUGCACGGCGAGGCCAGGAGAGCGGGCCCGCGCGCAGCUGGAGGCCUUCUCGGGCCGAGCCUCCUCUGGCGCUGCUGAGUGGGCACUCGGCGUAGUCGCGGCCGUCGACGAGAGCGAUCCCGCUUUCCUCGCGAUCUCCGCCGGCGAGGUCGCCACGGAGGACGAGCUGGGGCACGCCAUUUUGGCGUCCCACGGCUACUGCAUGUGCAUUAGGUGCGGUAGCUACUCACGCGACCGCAAAGGGCGCUGCCGUGCCCUCGGAAAGCCUUGCCCGCGGAGGUUCGGUGGCAGAGACGAGUCAGGAUGACUCGACGCCGCUGGACGCAGCCGCCUGCAGAGGGUCACCCGCAUCGUCGCAGGCCGCCACCCGACCGCGGGAGGAGAGGCGCUGACGGAGGUGGAGCACAAGGCUCCCCUCACCAGGGGGUGAGGACAGACUUGCCGCCCUCUCGGGGCCCCGCAGCUGCCGCGCCGGCCUCCUAGCCGAAAAACAGCCUUUCCAGGUGACUUGCGGCAUGCUCCGGAGCCCCAGAGAGAAGAGCACCCAG